AUGAUAACUGAUAAGUACGUAUUAGAAUCAUUGGAUAAAUUGUCACAACGGGGAUCCCCCAGUGAACAAUUAGAGUCUUAUAUUCAAAGUGUUUCUCGAUCUAUUCAACAGGGCAAAUACCGUCGAAUCUCAUUGCCAAUUAAAACUUUAAAAGAGAUUAAGGAAGACUCAUUGACAGUUAACUAUGUGGCCAUACUUUGCUAUUACGUACUGACCAAUGAAUGUCUAUUAAAACUACCACGAGCUUAUGAAGCUGUUCGUUAUUUCAAAUCUGCCCAAAGCUCACAACGUAACCAAUUGCUAUAUUCCCUACAAACAGCACCUGAACGUCUUUGGAAAUCGUUACCAGGUUUGCCCAAACAUCCAAUAAGAUCUGAUUUACUUAGUAGAUUAACCCAAUGUGAAGACUUUGCCAACCGUUAUACAGAGUCCCUUGGUCGUCUUAUGGUGGAAUUCCGUGCAGGAGAUCAGUUACCGCCAAAAGAAGAGUUACAACGCAGGUUAAAUGCAUUAAGCCAAUUUCUACAAUUAGAUUCUGUUAACAUUGUUGAGAUUUUACAAGCCACUGAAAAGCUUACAGAGGGAAUUGGCAGUGCUACUACUGCCGUCACUAGAAAUGUACCACCGGUGAAACCACCAAGUUUUGUUACUAGGUAUUGGCCAGCUGCCUUCUUGGCACUAUGUUACGGUCCAACUUCUUUAAUGGCAUUAUGGCAGUCUCGUGAAACUAUUAAACGGUUUGUACAAGAGAAUGUUAUUGACUUUGUCAGGGGGCUUAUUAUCAAUUGGGUCUACACGCCAUUGAGACAGGUUUGGGCUACUGUGCGUCAUGAUGAUGAUAGUAGUAUAGCCGUAAUGUCACAAGGAACAUUAUCAUCAGAAUCAUCAUCAUUAACAAGAAUGAUAGUUCAUUUUAUGCAAGAAAAUACGAGUCAGCCUUUGAAUGAAGAACAAUUAGUAUCACAAGUGGAAAAAGGAGAUUUAACCCAGUUUUUAAAAAUCUAUGAAACUCAAUUAGAACAUCCUGUUCGGAACAUUGCAUCUGGUGCACUAAUACGUUCGUUAUUAAUUCAAAUACAGAAGACCAAAGUUGAUGGUUCACUCGCGCUUAAUGGUAUAGAUCGCAUGUUACAAUCUCAACAACUCGUCUUUGGUGUAGUUGCACUUUCACCAGCACUGGUAAUUAUCUAUACCUUAACGACUUCUGCAUAUCGUCUCUGCAAAAUCGGUAGAUUGUGGUCAUAUGAAUCUCAACAUAAGGAAAUCUUGAGCAGGAGUUUAAACAAUGCUGAAAGAUUGUUGAAUUACGAUGGAGUGGAAGCCGAAGAAUCUUAUUGGAAUCAAGGUUUAUUGGCAAUAGAAGUUACGACUGUUUACCAAAUGGGAUUAACCUUACUCCCUCGUAAUAUGCGUAAAGAAUGGACAAGAGACGUGGCAGAAUUAACGGACCCUAAAUUGAGCCUCCGCAGUAGAUUAAACGUGGUCUAUAGAAUCUAUCAUACAUACAGCAAGUACUUUUAA